CACCACCACCACCCCCACGACUGCAUCUCAAUUCUUGUCAAUUCCCUUCCAGAGGAAUCAAAGCAGUCAAGAUGUCCGCCCCUCAGCUGAACAAGAUCGCGGCCAACAGCCCCUCCCACCAGAACCCUUCUGAGCUGGAGUCCCAGAUCGCUGGUGCCCUCUACGAUCUCGAGACCAACACUGCCGACCUGAAGGUCCCUCUGCGGCCUCUGCAGUUCGUCUCUGCCAAGGAGAUCGAGGUCGGCCACGGCAAGAAGGCUAUUGUCAUCUUUGUCCCCGUCCCUUCCCUGCAGGGCUUCCACCGUGUCCAGCAGCGCCUCACCCGUGAGCUCGAGAAGAAGUUCUCCGACCGCCACGUUCUGAUCCUCGCCUCGCGCCGCAUCCUUCCCCGCCCCAAGCGCUCCACCCGCUCUCGCAACACCCAGAAGCAGAAGCGCCCCCGCAGCCGCACUCUGACCGCUGUCCACGAUGCCAUCCUGACCGACCUCGUCUACCCCGUCGAGAUCGUCGGCAAGCGCACCCGCACCAAGGAGGACGGUGCCAAGACCCUCAAGGUCAUCCUCGACGAGAAGGACCGUGGUGGUGUUGACUACCGCCUCGACACCUACUCCGAGGUCUACCGCAAGCUCACCGGCCGUGGUGUCACCUUCGAGUUCCCCCAGGCUGGUGCCGCUGAGUACUAAGCGCUUUCUCUCCUAUUAGUAUGUAAUAUGGGAAAGGGCGGGCAGUCUCAGGCAGUGGACGGACGGAGGGUCACCAUGAGUUAAAAUACCCAAGGUGUUACGAGGUGACGAGAGGGCCGUGGUGGUUCUCAAAGCCAAGGCUUUAUGGGCAAACUGGUUGAUUGAUCAAGGGGACAAAAGCUGGUUGGCAAACCAAAAUUUGGGAGGGGCAUAACGGCGUUCUUCUGCGUUUUGUUUCUUGAGGACGGGAUAGCUUGUCGAAAUAGAACAAGCACGGUCUAAAACUUGCCAAAUGAUGAAAUCGCCGAAACUGUC